UGCAUAAUCAUACCACGUAACUUUCAGUUGCAUUUGCACGUAUUUUGGUGAAAUGUGUUUAUUAUUGAAUUUUUCCUUUAUAUCAGUGCAUAUUUUCAUCAGUUUAUUAAUUCUAGAACAUGUUUGUGUUAGUUUAGAGAUUCCUGUUAAUUAUUGGCCCGUACAAAAUAGGGAACUAACUACCACGCGUCGUACUAGAGGAAAACUGAGAAACAUGCAUCAACGUCACCUCGGUUCUACCUUAAUGACCCACUGCGCCAAAGACGGAGUUUGCAUCAGCAGCAGUGCCUGUGACUGGGACCACAUAGUGCAGGAUGACAAAGACUGCUUAAAUGAACACAAGGACGUCGUAUGUUGCUCUGCAGCCAACGUGCAAAUACAAUCCAACGUCUUCACGGGUUACGAUUGGUUAUAAUAAGCAUAGUAUAAAAUAAAAAUACAAAAACACUUAUUUAUAACUAAAAUUUAAUAAAAUAUAUCGAUAUA